AUGUCCAUCACACAGGUGUCCUCAAGAGCCAUUGAGGCCCUGAAGCUGGAGAUGGACGAGGUCAAGUCAUCCCUCAGCCAGAGCCUGCAGGACCUCGGCAGCAGCCAGGCCAAAUACAUCCAGCUGCAACGGGAGAACAAGGUCCUUAAAGAGACUGUGGAGGCACACAACAACAAGGUGUCGGAUAUUUCAUAUCAACGCCGGAUGGACAAAGAAACAAUGGCACUCCAAAAAACUCAAAUAAAGGCCUUGAAGGCAGAACUAAGAGGAGCAAUGCUCACCAUUGGUCAGGAUGGCCAAAUGAUAAUGGAGAGAAAUGCUCAGAUAAGAGAUCUGGAGGUGGCUGUGGAGGAGUUGAGGGCCAUCAGAGAGGUUCAGAGAGAGAAGGUCCAUGAUCUGAAGGAGGAGCUCGAGUUGGCGUUGAUUCAUGGUGGUGGUAGCACCAUGGGACAUGAUGGGUCGAUAUCAGUUGGCGCCAACCAUCUGUCGCUGGCACAGGAGCUAAUGAACAGUUCCCUGGACCUGGAGAACAGCAAGACAAUCAACGACCAAUUAAGAACGGUUUGCCGGGAGACCAACGCCGAGACGACCACUGCCCACCUUGAGGUUCCUGCAAUGCAGAGGGCAGAAGCGAAACACAUGGAUCUCACUGCAGAGGGAUCUGGCCAGACCAAAACCAGCAGUGACCACAACAACAAUGUGCUUCAGGUGGAGAAGAGCAGCAGGCCUUUCCAGACGGCUCUAUUGGUCACAGGGGUGAUUGGAAUCGGACUUUUCACCCUGUGGAAGCUGAAAUCAUAAUGCAGCACCUCCAUCC